UCCAUGAAGAGCAGGGACUGAGAAACUGGCUUGUCCAGAAUGAAUAGCGUUUGUUAUGGUUGAGUUGGGCUGUCAAGACCAAUGUCAUAUUCUGUGGUAUCAGGUGAAAGAUGGGCCAUUCAAGGUAGACUCAGAAUUCAAGUGGGCAAACCAAGAGUACUCUAAGGAGUUGCCAUGCAAGAUAAGAGGGCUCAUGAAGGAGGAGAGUUUGAGGGUAUUGUUAUGGGCCAGAUUUUAAGUUGGAAUUUUUUUUUUUAAUUAACUAUACAGGGAAUUCAACCCCGGAUUCAAUUUGCAAAACAGGACAAAUAAGUGCAUUCAUAAAACAGUUCAACGAAAGUUAAGCAACGGUUUUUCUCAAUCUGUUUUAAGCAUGAGGCUUUACAUAAAGUAAAUCCAUAAAUAUUUGAAAAUUUAGAUAAAUGAAAAAAUUAAACUAAUGGAUGAAUGGACAAAGGGAGACAUACAUGGAUAGAUUACUGAAGUGACAGAUGGGAUGGAUAAAGGAGUGGAUAAUUGAAAGAUAGUCACAAAAUUAAUGAAUAAGUAGAUAAAUUAUAAAGUGGAUAGAUGAAUAAAUGUUAUAGUUUUAAGCAACCGUCUAGGUGUGGACAGAAAUGAACUAGUAGGUGUGAGGUGCUCACAGAGGAAAGUUAUCUUUAGGUUCUGGUUAGUGCAGCAGAAGAAAAGUCUUCUGGCAGCCGUUUCACAGCUACUACAAAAUGAAUUCUGACCCCACAUUUCCUCACCUUUCUCCACCACUUCACGGUCUUCUCCAAGCUUUGUUAAUUUCUGAAUUCAAGCUUGGCAUAUUCCUCAAUGUUAUUUCCUAUUUGUUUCAUCCUUUUAUUCUUUCUACAUUUAACAAGUAUUGAUUAGAACCCAUUAUGUACCUCCUGUUCUGAUAUUUGUUCAGGAAGCUAAGGUAAUAUAGGUGAUUGAGGAAAACAGAGAUGAUUAGAAUGCUUCUUCGAGAGGUGUAUGGGAUACAAAGUUGACCAGAAGAGUUGCAGGAUAGAAGCAAGGGCCAGUUCAAGGAGGUAGAACCAACUGGACAUGGAUUCAUCUGAAGAAUUUUAUUAUUUUCUCCAGUUAUUUGUGAUAGAACAGCCACAAGAGGAAAGAGCCACAUGGUUCAGGAGUUGAGUAGCCAGCAAUUGGGUGAGGGAAGGUAUUCUGGGGAGGGAAGCAGAGUAAAUUAGAAAUCCAUGAAAAAGGUGAGUGGCUGAAGAGGGAGAUAUGUAAACACAGAAUUAGGUCAAAACUCUGAGGUGGCAUGAGGGCUGGUGAAUAUCCCAACCUUCUUUCAGUGUUUAUUCCAGAGAACAGUUCCUGUAAUGGCCUUAGGGAACAACAGCAUAAUCACUGAGUUCAUCCUCCUUGGACUGUCUGCUGACCACCACAUCCAAGUUCUACUCUUUGUGCUCUUCCUGGGGAUUUACCUCAUGACCAUGAUGGGGAACCUGAUGAUGCUGCUGGUGAUCAGAGUUGAUUCUUAUCUCUACUCACCCAUGUACUUCUUCCUAAGUCACCUCUCUUUCAUAGAUAUCUGUUUAUCUUCAGCCACUGUGCCCCAAAUCCUGGAGAACCUCCUGUCUCAGAGGAUAUCAGUGUCAGUAGAGGGCUGUCUGACUCAGAUCUUCUUUGUAUUUGCCACUGUAGGGACAGAAGUCUGUCUGCUCUCAGUGAUGGCCUAUGACCGUUAUGCAGCCAUCUGCCAUCCUCUAAUCUACAGACAGAUUAUGAGUAAACAGAUGUGUGGGGGUCUGGCAUGGGCCUCAUGGGGAUUGGGCUUUCUGGAUGCUCUCAUCAAUACCCUCCUGGCUUUGAAUUUGGACUUUUGUGAGGCUUGUGUCAUGCCUCACUUCAGCUGUGAGCUGCCUUCUCUAUUCCCUCUGUCCUGCUCUGAUGUCUCCACCAACUUUGUAAUCCUGACCUGCUCUGCCAUCCUGCAUGCCCUUGGAACCCUACUCUUGAUCUUCUUCUCUUAUGCACGCAUUAUCUCCACCAUCCUGAGCAUCAGUUCCACCACAGGCAGAAGCAAGGCCUUCUCCACCUGCUCCUCCCACCUCACUGCAGUGAGCUUCUUCUAUGGAUCAGCUUCUCUCCGCUAUCUCAUGCCAAAUUUAAGCUCUUCUUUGGAAUUGGUUUUUUCUCUGCAGUACAGUGUGGUCACUCCCCUAGUGAAUCCUCUAGUCUAUAGCCUGAAGAACAAGGAAGUAAAGGCAGCUCUGAAAAGGAUGUUGCAAAAGGUUUUACAGCAUCUCAGAUAGCAAAGAAUAGGCAGAGGAUGAAUGGGAAAAGGGAUCGAACUGCAUCAAAAUAGUUGAAUUAUAGACAUUAGGAAACAUUUUCUUGGCUCAUGUCAGAUGUGACAAAAGCUCUUGAAAGACCCUCUUUCCUUUAAAAUGCUCAUGAAAGAGCCAAGAGCUACUUACUUGCUUUGGCUCAUAUUUAAUUUGUGCAGGGACAGAGCAAUGGCCAGGUAAUUAUUCAAUCCAGAUCUGGUUACAGUGCCAUUAUUUUUAAAGAUGUGUUUAUCAAAUAUGCAAUUCUGAAUGUGAUUCACUAAAGUUACCCAUUUUGAGGAUUCUUGUCUUAUUUUUGCUUUUUUCUCACUUACAUACAUUUUUGCACUGUGAGAAUUUAUGAAGCAAGUUACCAAAUACUUGGUUUUUGUUCCCAUUUAUCAUCACAAGAAUGAAAACAUGUCAUGGAUUACAAAGCAUUUUACAUUGCAUUGGGCUUUCUUUUUCACUACUUUAAAUUUUACAAACAUUGACUUUGUAUAAUACUAAGUUACACACAUAUUUGCCUGAUCUCUAAAGUUUUUUAACUUACAAAAUAGAAAAAUUGCAAAAAAUUGUGAUUCCACCUCUCAAUGAAACUUACUGCUAAGAUUUAGUUCCACUUUCAUCCAAUUUUUUCUCUUGAAAAAACAUUUAAUAUGUAUGCUUAUACAUAAUUAUAGUCAUAUUUAUCUGCAAUA